AUGGAGCGAGUAAGGAAAACCUUCUUCGACCCGCUCGCAACGUCGAAGGUUCGGAUUCGAGAGAUCCUAGAUGAACUUUCAGUCGGCUCAGCACACCCUUUUAGUCCCGAGCGCCUCCUUCUUUGUCGAACAGAAGCCGGCGUUGAUGAAAUUGAUAUCUCUUCCUAUCCCGAUGACUUUUUCUUCAAUGCCGUGGACAUGGGCGAGAUGGGUGAGAUCCUUCUGAGGCGUAUGGCUGCCUUCCAGUCUCAUUUGGGAAUAUUUGAAAACUUCCAAAUCCUGCAAGCGCCGGCUUCAACAUUCAAGGUCCCGAUAGUGUCUGAUGAAAUUAUGAUAUUGGCAGUUUCUGAAAGAACGCCAACUUAUUACGACUUCUGCGUCGCGGAUGCAUCAUACAACGCCUGUUGCUGGAAUGCAAAAAGAACCUUUCCAGGAAUUACCCAUAGCGGUGAUAUUACCAACGGGAAGGAUCUCGCACAUUAUCUCAAGAUCAAAAAGGAGACUACCACAGAGGAAGAACUCUGCGUGUUCAUAUCCGGCUACGAGUUGACCCCCAUAACAAAAUUUCUAGGAACCCACCCCGCAUUGCUCGUUGCCGAUCAUGUGGAUAAGGUCCUUUAUAUCGUGCCGGUGCCCUUGGAUGCAGCGACAAUUGGAGACGCUACCAUAUGUUGCCCACUGGUAAUCAAACGUGAUGCAGACUCUCUGAUCUGUUCGAUUUUGCCAACAGCAACGACAGACAUAAAAAAAAGCUGCUACGAUAAAAUAUUGGACAGCGAUUCCUUCCAGGAAGCGAUCGAUCGCGCCGAUUUCAACAUCUCUGCUAGUUCUCCGACUGUUACGCAAAAUGUAGCCCCAAAAGGUGAUGCAACUGAAGAGAAAGUUACCUCGAGUUUGGAAAUCAUGUGCAAGAUCACCAAAGAAAAUGCGGUGUUUGCCACCGAUUUGACUACGCUUCCUUCUUUCCUUGAUUUAGAAAAAGCUCAAAUCAUACGUUUCGGGACUGGCAUUGAAUUUGAGCUACCAGGCGAGAAGCUUCCUGCGAAGAUGGAGUCAUCUGUCGUUGUUUUACCAUGUAUCUUUGGUUCCCAGCUUCAAGGUCCAUUUCUAUUGGCAACAGGAACGGUCCCUUCGAAUGUUCCCUUUUUCGACGAAGUUGCGAUGCGGAAUUAUUACAAGCAGCUCAAGAAUGUUGUGGUAGUUGUCGACGAUAGAAUGACAGAUAACGCCCGCAAUCUCGCAACUAUCUACAGAAUCAAUGCACUCUUCAUCGUGCAACUUAGUUCGCAAACCAAGCCCAAGAAUACCGACGACAUUGUGUCUCUAUUGGACUCAGCAAAUAUCAACGCGGUGACCGCACUCGCUGGGCCACAAUCCUUGGUUCUAAUUCAAAUCUCCGACAGAUAUUACUUCUACCGAGGCAUUGCUAAUCGGGCACACCUCAACACAUCCACAAUCGAAUUUGGCACAGAUGUGACAUCCAUACUCGAGUCUGUCGGUAUGUCAUCCAUGCUCGAUCCCAGAAUUGAGCGUAUUAUUACGCUCGGUGAUGCAAGUCCGAUCAUUUUGCCCACUUCAGGUCAGUUAGUCCAGCCUCGAAAUCUUCAGAACAUGUUCGAAGAACUUUCGGUCGACCAACUCAAAGAGCUGGAAGAAGACAUAUUAUCAGCGGUUCCCCAGCUCCAAAUGCUUCUUAACGAGAAGGAUCUACGAGAACUCUCCAAAAGCUUGGUAUUCGCACUCUCAUCAAAGAUCAGCAACGCGACAGCUACAUUGAGAAAGACCUACACCAACUACCUAACCCAGGAGUACAAAAUCACAGAUCCAGAGUCUGCGAAGAAGAAGAAUGCUAUGCUUGGAACAUUAAGAAGGCUCACAAAGGAGAUACAGAUUGCACUUGAGCCGCUCAUUUCGAGCUUGUCAAACAUAAUGUCUUCUCAGAUGACUUCUAAGAGGACACACGAUAUGAAGAGACUUGUUCGCCAAACUCAGAUUCAGGCUAAUGUCGAUGCCGUUAAGUCGAUGACUUUUGACACUCUGGCAGGAUACCUUGAGACAUAUGCGGGGGAUAUGGGAGUCAUGCUAUUGAAUAUUGACACAUCAUCCUACUCCCAGCUUUUGAGCAGUCUAAAAAGCACCACCAUCGAUGCCAGUCCCUGUUGCGACCUUGACCCGAGAGUUCUACAUCUCGAGGGAUUCGAUGCCGGAAUUAUCAUCGAGCAGUCACAGUCCAAACACAACGGCCCACUCCAAAGUCAGGACGGACCCUCCCAUCCAAUCCUGGCGUUACCGUACCUAAGCCAGGAAUCGGGAACCGGAUCAAUGUUAGCUUGGGUCUGUUGGGACGAAUUCGUUAACCUCCAAAGUCCCUACAGCGUCAGAUGGAUGGAGAAGUGCAAUGAGUCUCACAUUGCCGCGCUAAGGAUCAUUAUGAGGUCCACUCUUAGUCAAGCAGUGUCAGCUAGAGAACAUCAAAUUGGGCCGAACAGCACAGAAACUACCCAUCUCAUGAGCGCUUUGUUGAUGGCGGCUAUGUCGAAGCUUGCGGCGAUGAGGACAACUGCACCAGUUGUGACACAACAGGCCGGGGAUACUGUCACGAGAUUAAUGCGAGGGCUCUUCGGUAAUCUGUUGACAAUAGCAGGUUCAGGGGUGCGUCCUCAUAGCAUGGUCUGGCAGCUGUUCGGUCUGAACCCUCAAUACGAGGUUCCCAAAACCGAUGUUGAGUGGAUUUGGUACGAAACUGUCGUCGCUUUGUAUCCUUACACCGGAUGGCCUCUGGAACAGUUCAAAAAGAAUCUGGAGAAGCUCCUUGAUAAGGCCAUCGUCCGUGUGGUGAGCAAGAACGAAAGGGUAGAUGCGGUGAAAGCAAGCCGGACAGAUGAGAUGAUCAGGUUUUCCAAGCUUCGAAACAUUCAGCUUCACCAUUCUCGCACAAUUAUUACCGUCUUUAUGCGAAUGCUUACAGUGGAGGGGUCUGACAUCGCUACUAUCGCAACUCGUCUGCUAGAGCAGCUUCCACGCCAGUUAAAACGACAGACUUCAGGCUAUACCCAAAUGAUCCACUACCUUGAACAUCUCGCCAAAGGAGGCGAACGACGUCCCCACGACGACCUCGUUGCUGCCAGCACCUACACAUCGCGCUCAGCGGCCUUUGGCUCACUCAAGAUCGAAGUAUCAGAAGCAUGUAAGAACAAUGCAUGGGUCAAGAUGAAGAACUCAUGUCAAGCAAUUAUGGACAAACAUGCCGAGGUUGCUUCUAUGUGGCAGGUUAGCCCCAAUGUCUUGAGGAUUCAAAACAUGCAGGUGUACAAAGAUCUUCUAAACGCAGACUUCGGGGACGAUAUUGACGAAGCUACCAAGACCAAGAAUAUCGAAAUGAUCAACAAAGCCCUUGGUGAUGCAGAGAAACAACGUCUUCCUUGGCAAGUUGGGAAGAAAAGCGAAUUCGGCAAUAACAUCGAGCCUUUGGAUGAAGUCUUCCUUCACGAAAUCCUAACAGGAGAGAAGUCAGAAUUCUUCCCUGACAUCGAGCCAGCUGAAGAAUUAGGAACAGACACAACUGCCAUGAUUGAAACCAAAGCAGGAGAUAAAUUCGCACCAUUCAAAUCAUCUAUGCAGUCUAGCUUCAUCAAUACGAUGCAGAAGGACCUUUCGGCCGAGAUUGUCUGCCGUAUCAUUGGUGUUCCUGUUACUGCGAUGCGUGUCUUCAUUAAGGCUCUGAAUCCGAGGUUUGCGUGGGAAGACUUGUGGAAGAACUUUAAGAGCACAAUUCUGGGGUUGUUGAAUAAUCGCUCGAAUCGGUUAGAGAGCUGUCCCACUAGGAAGCUGUUGGGGCUCGUGGGUGAUAAUACAAAGCUUCAAAUUGAUGAAUGA